AUGGACGAAUUCAGUUUCGAAAACGACCAGGAACUUUUUAAUUCUCUCGAGACGAUCUUGAGCUCCACCGAACGUAAUUUCCACGAAUUCAUAGACGACAUCCCGAAUAUCCUUGUGACUAACAAUUUUGAAUGUAAAUUUAAAAACGAGGAGACAAAUGGAGAUAAAAUCCACAUGCUCUUCAAUAAAUUCUCAACGUCAUCCCUUCAGAGCAAACUAGGAGAAUUCUUGUCGAUAGUGGACGGAACUUUCAGCGCGUUUGUUAACACUUACAAGAUAUCACUGCCGCCGACCAACAAUGUCGAAUACAAGUUCAUAAUAGGACUCCUCGGCAUCGUCACAAACUUAUCCGCGAGUCCGGAGGGCCGUGAGUUUUUAAUUACGAAUUUCAGCGGCAGGGAAUUCGUGCGGAAAAUAAUUCAACUGAUUUCCGAAUUGCCGUCAGAUUCUGGGUCGUCACCUCUGAAAAGAUUGAUGCUAAUGGUUCUGUACAACGUGAGCGUGAACAAGACCGGCUUGCAGUACCUGCUGGAAUCACGAGUGGGGGACUCGUUGAGUCAUUGUUUACGAGACAAAUCGACCGUGGAAGAGAUGCAACUGCUUUGUCUUCGCGUUCUGCAGUCUGUCACUUAUGACCUCACGGAACCGAGAUACAUUCAAGAUCUCAAUGCAGCCAUCCCAAUCGAUAUGAUAGAGACCAUAGCGUGCUCGAAGCGGGACAAUUUGAGCGAUAUUGCGAAACAAGUUAUUGAACAUCUACGAAACUACGAACAAAAUUGCAAAGUGACGUCCCAAGACGUGUGA